UUGUCAUUUGUUUACGAGAUGCGGUAAAUGUUUUAUAGUACUGUAUCGUAGCACGCUGUUUGAAGUUUGUUAGUGUAUUUUCUUCUUAACUAGACAACAUGAUAUUGAAAGAGUAUAGGAUCUGUAUGCCGAUGACGGUGGAAGAGUAUCAAAUAGGUCAACUGUUCAUGAUAAGUAAACACAGCCAUGAACAGAGUGAGCAAGGUGAAGGAGUCCAUGUGGUAAAAAAUGAGCCCUGUGAGGACCCAAAGUUUGGAAAGGGACAAUUCACAGAAAAGAGAGUUUAUUUAUCCAGUCGUCUUCCUGGAUGGAUGCGGUCCUAUAUUCCAAAAAUAUUCUAUGUAGAAGAAAAGGCUUGGAAUUAUUACCCUUUCACUAUUACAGAAUAUUGUUGCUCCUUUCUUCCAAGAUUUUCAAUUAGGAUUAAAACGAAAUAUUUCAAUGAUAAUGGAAGUAUAGACAAUUGUUUUGAAUUAGAUGAGGAAACACUUGAAACAAGGGAAGUUGUGGCAAUUGAUAUAGCUUAUGAUGAAUUACCAGAAAAACAUUAUGUUCCAGAAGAGGACUGUAGGUAUUUCAAAUCAAAGAAAACAGGUAGAGGUCCUUUAAAGGAAGGAUGGAGGGAUGAUGCUCAACCCAUCAUGUGCUCGUAUAAACUAGUUAGUGUUUCUUUUGAUGUUUGGGCCUUAGCUUCAAGAGUAGAGUCCUAUGUGCAUAAGGUUAUUCAAGAUAUUUUAUUACUUGGUCACAGACAAGCAUUUGCUUGGAUUGAUGAUUGGAUUGGUAUGACCAUUGAUGAUGUAAGAACAUAUGAGAAAGAAAUGCAGGAGAAGACAAACACCAAAGUUGGGGCAGAUAUUUAAACAUUGAUUGAUUUAUUUCAAGUGACAAAGGGGUCAAAUUUUAAAUCAGUGCUUUCUGUAAGAUUUGCAGUCAUUGACUUUUUCAGUGCAGCACCCACUGUAAACUGGAAACAUUUAACAGUUUCAAAGUGAAGAAAUUCCAACACCCUGUCUUUCUGUUGGAUGUCAAAUGUUACUGAAAGCACUGUGUGAGUUAUCAUCCUGUAAUUUAAGUUUUACUCAACAUUAUUUUGAACCAUUUUUAUUUUGUAAAUUUAAGUGUCUUUUGUAAGUAAAAGACAAACUCAAACAAUACAUGAGAUUUUUUGGUAGCUUUUUGUAUAAAAAUAUUCUUACAAUUUAUUUAUUCUUUCAGUUCAAUCAAAAUUUGAGAACUAACAGCGAAUUGCUGUUAAAUUUGCAUGAGUUGAAUGGAUAAUAACACAGCAUCAGAUUGUCAAAUAAUCAUGUUAUAAUUACCCCAAAGAAGGGUUGAAGAAAAAUGAGUCCCUACCACAGUAAUAUUUUAGAUUCAUUUGGUAUUUGUAUAAAACAAAUUUUGAGCACAUUCAGAAACAAAAUAAUAGUUUUCUGAAGUUUAGCUAUCCAGUAGUUAGCAAGCAUUGAAUUUUUAACUUCUCAGUUAGUUAAGCAAUUUGAUGUCAUCGCGUUCAGUGGAUAUAUUCCUAAGUGCAGUUUGGCAUAACACUGACAGAUGAGAGCAUCACAAAGUCAGGAUAUUGGUUGUUUUAAUAUAUUAUGUGCUGAUAGAGGACAUAGGGAUUGACUGUUGUGAAACCAAAACUCAUGUAAUCGCAGCAUCAUAACAGAACAAAGGAAAAUAUCACAGGAUGAAAAUGAGAUGUCUCAAAGAAAGACAAGCAAACUUCCUGCAGGGGGGAGGGGAGGGGGGAAAUGUGCAUGAACAAAUUUUGAUUGGUUUAUUGUAAGUUUCAGAUCUGAUUGGUUAUAAAAGUGACUCAAGUUUUAAGGACAAUUAUGGAGGAAAGUAAAGCCAAACCAAUUCUAUCCUGUUUGCUCAAUUGGAAUAUUACUCCAUUUGGAACAUCGUCCUUCCUGAAAGCUAAAGUGUAAGGAAAAAUUAAUUUGUGAAUAGAUAUCACAAAAGAAUUUAAGGAUACUUCAUUUAUAUCUUUUCCAUUGUAUUUUAAGACAUUUUUUUAAUCAUAUAAUUCAUCACCAUGUUGCAGUUACAGUGGGUUUCCUUUUUGCAUAUGAUGCAACUCAUAUCCAGUACGUACAUACGUAUAAGAGUAUUUUAUACUCCUCUGUUCUUAGGCAGGCACCUGAAGCUUCUUUAACAAGCUCUUGUCAUUAUAACAUUGUUACGUUAGUUCUACCAAAAAUUAUUAGGGAUGAUUAUUAAUAGGUAUUGAAACCUCUGUGAUUAUGACUUUCUUUAAUCAUUAGCUUUUCAGUUGUUAGAUUAGUUGUGAAGCCUUAGAACAGGAGUGAGACUAAGGUUGAUCUUGUCAUGAAAGAAAGUAUUAGAGGUUUGUUUCAUGAAAAGGUCACCCUUAGCUUCACUCUGUGCAAAAGUCUAACAGCUAAGCACACAACUGGAAAGUGAAUUAUUCCUUAAGUGAAAACUAUCUCUCUCAAUUAUUUCACUAAUGAUACCUCAUUCCAAUUUGAUAUUGUUUACAUGAUGACUAAUGUCAUUUGUGAAUGAAGUUGGUCUAUUGUUGCACACUUACAAUUAUUUCAGUAUGUGAAUAUUGGAAAGAAAAUGCUGCAUUAUUGAUGUGGCAUGUAACUCCAUCAUACAUACUGCUGGAUUGUAAGAUGUCCUUCUUUAGUGGGGCUUUGAAGAUCUGCAUGCAAAAUUAUUUUUGCCAAGUAAAUAAAUUUUAAGUCUGGUAGUUAAUGGAUGGUUUUAUUUUUAAAUCACACAGCAGUCUACCUAGUUUUUGAAUUGAUUUUAAAUUGCUGGUUAUGAUUGUAACAGAGUGACUUUUUAAUAAAAAAAUUC